AUGCCGCGAGGCAAUCGCGGGGUCAACGCCGAGAUGACGCGAACCGUUGUUGGCAUUGAUGUCGGCGGGACCUUCACCGAUAUAGCCGUUCUGGAGAAUGGCCGUCUGGUCAUUCAUAAACUGCCUUCCACGCCGUCAAAUCCGUCGCACGGCAUUGUCACGGGCAUUACCGACACGGGCGUCAACGUGAACGAUGCAGACUUCGUCCACGGCAGCACGGUCGCCACCAACGCCCUGCUGGAAGGCAAGGGCGGACGCACCGCGCUGGUUACUACCCUGGGGUUUGAGGACGUUCUGGAAAUCGGCCGGCAAAAUCGGGCCGACCUCUAUGACCUGUCAAUGGAAAGGCCGCCACCGUUGGCCCCUUCGGAAUUGCGCUUCGGGUUGCUGGAGCGCGUUGACUACACCGGCGCCAUCCUGGAGGACCUGACCCCAGAAUCUGUGCAGUCCCUGUUGACGCUGCUGGAACAGGAAGAUGUGGAUGGUAUUGCCGUAUCUUUCCUGUUCUCGUUUCUGAACCCGGCCCAUGAGGAAAUUCUGGCCAACCAUUUAUCCCGGCUUCCCGGUCGCCCGUUCAUCUCCAUAUCUUCCAGGAUACUGCCGGAAUUUCGUGAAUACGAGCGGACCAGCACGGUGGUUGUCAAUUCGUACGUGGGCCCGGUGAUGGCCCGGUAUUUGACCGAACUGGAAGAGGUUUUGGGAAGCGGGCUGCGCAUUAUGCAAUCAUCCGGUGGCAGUAUCACCGCGCGCCUGGGGGCCGAGCAGCCGGUUAGAACUAUUCUGAGCGGGCCGGCCGGCGGCGUGGUUGGCGCUUUUUAUACUGGCGUGCAGGCCGGCUUUCCCGACAUCAUUACCCUGGAUAUGGGUGGGACCUCUACCGACGUCUCCCUGUGUCCGGGUCGUAUCAAAGAAACCACAUCGGCAAAUUUGGGCGGAUAUCCGGUCAGCGUCCCCAUGAUAGAAAUCCACACGGUGGGAGCUGGCGGAGGGUCGAUUGCGCGGGUUGAUUCAGGUGGCGCCCUGGUGGUUGGCCCGCAAUCGGCGGGCGCUGAGCCCGGACCAGCAUGCUAUGGCCACGGCGACAGGAUCACGGUUACCGACGCCAAUCUCACGCUGGGUCGAUUGCGUGCCGACGAAUUUCUCGGCGGCCGGAUGGUGCUGGACCGGGAGCGGGCAGAAGGGUUGAUGGCUGAUUUGUCGGGCGAUGUGGGCGCUUCGGUAACCGAUACGGCGUUGGGAAUCAUUCGCGUCGUCAACUCCAACAUGGAACGCGCCAUCCGUUCCAUAUCCUUGGAACGUGGCUACGACCCGCGGGAGUUUACGCUGGUCCCGUUCGGCGGAGCCGGGCCAAUGCACGCCUGCGAACUGGCUGCUGAACUGGGAAUCCCCAGAGUUUUGGUUCCUGCUCAUCCUGGCAUCCUGUCGGCGUUGGGCGUAGCCAUCGCCGACGUGGUCAAGAAUUAUUCGCGUACCGUAAUGUUGCGCGGCGAUGCCCUGGACAAAGACCGGCUCGAAGAGGAGUUCCACGGCAUGGAAGGCCAGGCGAGAGCGGAGCUUUUCGAAGAGGGUUUGCCGGCAGAUGGCAUGACCGCUCGCCGGUUCCUUGAUGUGCGUUACGUGGGCCAGUCAUUCGAGAUAACAGUGGAUUGCCCGUCUCUCACCGGUCGCGGCGAUCUGACCCGCACUAUUUCCUCCGGUUUCUAUGCUUCCCACCUGCAACGAUUCGGGUAUGCCGACCGUUCCCUGCCCAUCGAGGUAGUCAACCUGCGGCUCAAGCUCGAACUUCCCGUCGACAAACCUGAAAUGGAACCUGCCGCGUACGUUGGCGGGGACGCCGCCCACGCCGCCACCGGCUCCGCCGAGGUUGUCUUCCCGGGCGGUCGCGUGGACACCUUAUUGUACGAUCGGAAUCGGUUGGAGACUGGCAACAGGGUUCCAGGGCCGGCGCUGUUGCUGCAGCUCGAUACUACGAUCGUUAUCCCGCCCGACUGGACUGGGGUAGUUGACCCCUACGGCAACCUGCUGCUGGAACCCGCCUGA